UAAACUUGAAAUAACUUUUAAAUGGCAAGAUGGUACGACAGUGACAGUUCCUGGAGGUGUUGGCCAUUCGUUGCUAGAUGUGGCCUUGGAUAAUGAUGUUGAUAUCGAUGGAUUUGGAGCCUGUGAGGGAACCCUUGCUUGCUCCACCUGUCAUUUAAUUUUGUCAAAAGAGGACUUUGAUAAGUGCCUAAAGCAGAAUCCAAUGUCUCUGGAUGAAAUUGAUCUACUUGACAUUGCGUAUGAUCUUAAAAAUACGUGA